AUGGGCGCCCCCCAAGACGGCCAGGCAGCAACAUGCCCCGCCGUGGGCCCCGCCGCGACGCCUGCGCAGCCGAGCGUACCCGAUGGCCUGGGUCUCGUCGGGGUGCGCGGCUGGCGACUCAGCGGGCGUGGCGACGACAUAGAGUGGCUGAUGCUGUUCGCCUCGCCGGAAUGCGGGGGCGGUGGCAGCAGCGGGGCCGCCGCCUCGGCCUGGCGCGCGGUCUUUUCGGUCGCUGACCGCCGCCAGUGGGACGAGAUGCAGCGCUUCCUGCUGCCGCAGCUUACUGUGCUGCGCAGCGUGAUGAGCGGAAUGCUCCUCGGCACUGACGGGGCCGCCGUCAGCGCUGCGGCGGCGGCAGCAGCGGCCGCCGCCGCCGCGGCCGUCGCGUCCGUGACCGCCGCAGGCGGCCCGGCUGCGGUCGCGGCGCUCGCCGCGGCAGGGGGCUCAUCUGCAACCAUGCUCGGCGCGGGCCUCGCGGCCGCAUUGCUGCACGGCGCGCCGCCGCCCGACGCGGAGGCCGAGGCGGCGGCCGCGGCCGCGGCCGCCUCGCGGCCGGGGGCACACGCGUUCCGGCCCUACCGGCGCGACUUUGUGCACGACUGGCGGUUUUGUCGCGCCCGCAACCAG